UCACAGUGGGUUCGCAGCUGGAGCGUCUGGGAUUACUUCAGGGAUUACUUUCCUAUAACGCUGGUGAAGACGGUGGACCUGGACCCCAAACACAACUACAUCUUUGGUUUCCAUCCACAUGGUGUGCUGGUUGCAGGUGCCUUCGGCUCCUUCUGUACUGAGUCCACAGGUUUCUCUCAGUUGUACCUGUCUCUCUCUCAGUCUCUCUCUCUCUCAGUUGUACCUGUCUCUCUCUCUCUCUCUCAGUUGUACCUGUCUCUCUCUCUGUCUCUCUCUCUCAGUUGUACCUGUCUGUCUCUCAGGUGUACAUGUGCCUGUCUGUCUCUCUGUAGGUGUGCUGGUUGCAGGUGCCUUCGGCUCCUUCUGUACUGAGUCCACAGGUUUCUCUCAGUUGUACCUGUCUCUCUCUCAGUCUCUCUCUCUCUCAGUUGUACCUGUCUCUCUCUCUCUCUCUUUCUCUCUCAGUUGUACCUGUCUCUCUCUCUGUCUCUCUCUCUCAGUUGUACCUGUCUGUCUCUCAGGUGUACAUGUACCUGUCUCUCUCUCAGUUGUACAUGUACCUGUCUGUCUCUCAGGUGUACAUGUGCCUGUCUGUCUCUCUGUAGGUGUGCUGGUUGCAGGUGCCUUCAGCUCCUUCUGUACUGAGUCCACAGGUUUCUCUCAGUUGUUUCCUGGUCUCACUCCUCACCUGCUCAUGCUGCCGUUCUGGUUCAGAGUUCCACUGUUCAGAGAAUACAUCAUGUGUGGAGGUCUGGUGUCCAGUUCAAAGUCCAGUCUGGGUCAUCUGGUCAGCCGGCCGGAGGGAGGGAACGUGGCGGUGCUCGCAGUGGGCGGAGCCCCAGAGGCUCUGGACGCACGGCCCGGAGCGUUAACUUUACAGAUCCUCAACAGAAAAGGCUUCAUCAAACUGGCUCUGAAACACGGGGCUCAGCUGGUUCCGGUGUUUUCCUUUGGAGAAAACGAGCUCUUUGAUCAGAUGGAGAAUCCAACUGGAUCUGCACUGAGGAGGCUACAGAACCGGCUGCAGAGCAUCAUGGGAGUAGCUCUGCCUCUGUUUCACGCCAGAGGAGUUUUCCAGUACAGCUUCGGCCUGAUGCCGUACCGACAACCCAUACACACUAUAGUGGGCAGUCCUAUCUCUGUUUCUCUCACUCCCUCUCCUGACAGUUCUGACAUCAGUCGUCUUCAUAAACUUUACCUCCAGAGUUUAACCGACCUGUUUGAACAGAACAAACUCAAGUAUGGACUGAAGGAGGACCAGCACCUGACCUUCAUCUGACCUCUGACCCAUGACCUCUGACUUCACCUUCAUCUGACCUCUGACCCAUGAGCUCUGACCCCUGACCUCUGACCUGUUUGAACAGAACAAACUCAAGUAUGGACUGAAGGAGGACCAGCACCUGACCUUCAUCUGACCUCUGACCUCUGACCCCUGACCUCUGACCUGUUUGAACAGAACAAACUCAAGUAUGGACUGAAGGAGGACCAGCACCUGACCUUCAUCUGACCUCUGACCUCUGACCCCUGACCUCUGACCUGUUUGAACAGAACAAACUCAAGUAUGGACUGAAGGAGGACCAGCACCUGACCUUCAUCUGACCUCUGACCCAUGAGCUCUGACCUCUGACCUGUUUGAACAGAACAAACUCAAGUAUGGACUGAAGGAGGACCAGCACCUGACCUUCAUCUGACCUCUGACCCAUGACCUCUGACCCCUGACCUCUGACCUGUUUGAACAUAACA